AUGAGUGAGCAAGUUGAGCAAGUAGCCGACAAGGUGGCUGAGCUAAGCACGAAGGAGGAGACGGUGAUCCUCGGGGAGGAUGGACAACCCCUGUCUAAAAAGGCAUUGAAGAAGCUGUUGAAGGAGCAGGAGAAGCAGAAGAAGAAGGAGGAGCGCGCUGCACAACUUGCAGCCGAGGCCGAGGCGCGCCAGAAGGCCAGCGCGGCGUCGGACACCGCGAGAGACAACUACGGGGCACUGCCACUAAUCCAAUCGGCUAGCCGCACCGGCGAGAAGAGGAUACAGUUCGCGGAGCUGACGGCCGAGGACGAGGGAAAGGAAGUGCUGCUACGUUCGCGUGUGCACACGGUCCGGCAACAGGGCGCCACGCUUGCGUUCUUGAUGCUGAGACAGCGCUCGUCGCUGAUUCAGGCGCUGGUGAAAGCCAAUGCCGAGGGGACGGUUUCGAAGCAGAUGGUGAAGUGGGCGGGGUCCUUGAACCUGGAGUCGAUUGUGCUUGUCCGCGGUGUGGUCAGAAAGGUCGAGGAGCCAGUCAAGUCUGCCACCGUGCAAGACUUUGAGAUCCAGAUAACUCAGCUGCACACCAUCUCGGAGACGCCUCAGCAGCUGCCUAUUUUGAUAGAGGAUGCUUCCCGCUCGGAGGCGGAGGCGGAGGCCGCCGGUCUUCCAGUAGUCAACCUUGACACUAGAUUGGACGCCCGUGUGAUCGACCUAAGGACUGUGACCAACCAGGCCAUUUUCCGUAUCAAGGCUGGUGUGUGCGGCCUAUUCAGAGAGUUCUUCCAGUCGCGUAAUUUUACGGAAAUACACACGCCGAAGCUGCUAGCUUCUCCUUCGGAGGGCGGUGCCAACGUGUUUGAGGUGAAAUAUUUCAAGGGCAACGCCUACCUAGCACAGUCUCCACAGUUCUACAAGCAACAGUUAAUUGCCGCUGACUUCGAGAGGGUGUUUGAGGUUGCGCCUGUCUUCCGCGCUGAGAACUCCAACACCCACCGCCACAUGACGGAGUUCACCGGUGUGGAUCUAGAAAUGGCCUUUGAGGAGCACUACCACGAAGUGAUCGAGGUCAUGGGCGAGAUGUUCAUGUUUGUUUUCACCGAAUUGAAGAAGCGUUUCGCUCGCGAGAUCGCACAGGUCCGGAAGCAGUACCCUGUCGAGGAGUUCAAGUUCCCUGCCGAUGGCAAGAUGGUGAUCCUACAUUACAAAGAAGGCAUUGCGAUGUUGCGAGAGGCUGGCAAGGAAAUCGGUGACUUCGACGAUCUAUCCACCGAAAACGAGAGAUUUUUGGGUAAGCUGGUCAGAGAGAAGUACGACACCGACUUCUACAUCCUUGACAAGUUCCCAGCGGAGCUCCGUCCAUUCUACACAAUGCCAGACCCAGCUGACCCCCGCUACUCCAACUCCUACGACUUCUUCAUGAGAGGAGAGGAAAUCAUGUCUGGUGCCCAACGUAUCCACGACCCUGAGCUGCUACGGGAGAGAAUGAAGCACCACGGCCUGCAGCCCGAGGACGCCGGCUUCAAGGACUACUGUGAUGCCUUCACCUACGGCUGUCCUCCUCACGCGGGCGGUGGUAUUGGGCUCGAAAGAAUCGUGAUGUUCUAUCUCGACCUCAAGAACAUUAGAAGGGCCACUCUAUUUCCUAGAGACCCCAAGAGAUUGAGACCUUGA